AUGUCCCAAGCCAAGUUUCUAAACAAGAUUGUAUCAACAGAUUGUAGGCGCAGUCGCACCAAAUUCACAGAAGAUCAAUUGAAAAUUCUUAUCAAUGCCUUUGAACAAAAUCCUUACCCAGGUUAUGCUACCAAACAAAAACUUGCUUUAGAAAUCAACACUGAAGAGUCAAGAAUCCAGACUUGGUUUCAGAAUCGAAGAGCUAGGCACCAACUUCAGAAUAGGCACCAACUUCAGAAAAGACCAGACCUUGGGAAGACUUUAGAAUCAAGCCAAAGCCAUGAUCACCUUGAAGAACAGACUCAAAGUAGAGAACCCAGGCGGUGUCGUACCAGUUAUACCUCCUCUCAAUUACACACCCUCAUUGAGGCAUUUAUGAUCAACCCUUACCCUGGGUUUCAUUUCAGAGAACAACUUGCCAAAGAAAUUGGAGUUCCAGAGUCAAGAGUCCAAACUUGGUUUCAAAAUCGAAGAAAUAAAUUACAUGCCUGGAGAAAAAGAGAACUACAUGAGUCCUUAGAACAAGACCAGGGACAAGACUUCUGA